UUUUGCUUGUAUACUUAAUUGGGCACACCUACAGUACGUAUUGAAUUGUACUGUAGCCUGAGAGUAUUGCAGCAAUGGCUCCUAAUGCUUUGGAUCGUUGCCGCCUGGCACUUCUCUUUGCUGUAGUGAUGGACCUGGUUGGAAUAGCUUCCCUACUUGUUGGUAUCUUUGCCGAAUUGCAGCUUAAUGGACAGGAUUUUGGCGAUUUGCUGAUAUACACUGGGGCAAUCCUGGUUUUCCUGAGUCUCAUUGGGUGGAUUUUUUGGUAUACGGGCAACAUUGAAAUCUCCUUAGAGGAGCUACAGCAAGACUAUAUGGUUAAGGACGGAACACUUGCUCGUCUAGCGCGUAAGAUCUCCCGUCACCUCUCUCAUCGAGAUUUGAAGCGUGAAAGACGGUGGAAAAAUUCAGGUCAAGGAGGAUCUAACAAACCAGAUACCCUGCAAUUGUCUAAAGCAAAGGUCCCCAAACAAGAGAUGCUAACUGGAGUACACGAGGAAAGUGAUGCCUAUUUCAGUGGGUAGAAGAUUGUAGCCUGUAUGUGGAUCCCCAGAAGAUGGUUCUGUGAAACCAACGGAAUAUCAUUGAUUGUGAAAGCUUGUUAUAAUAUUCUGGAUAUGCCAGUGCCCAGCAGUGGAAACAAACUACUUCACAUUCACAGUAUAACAGCACAAAAUAUUGCACAAAAGUUAAAUAGUGAGGAAGGGUUAUUCUUCAACCAUUUGUGUUGCUUCUCUUGUGGGACUAUUAAUUCAACUAUCUUUUACCAUUAUUUGCUAUAACCCAAAGACAUUGCUCAUGAAACACAUUUUGAUAAAAUGUAUAUUACAUGCUUAAUUUGAAAAAAAUAUAGGACACUAAUUCUGAACUAUUUUCUAUGCAUUGUUAAAAUGUGUAAUUUAAUUUAACUUGCAAUGUUUUCCAAUAUUUUAUAUUUAUCUAAAAAAUAAAUUGAAAGGGUUUUAUUUAGCAAAUUCUACUGAAAAUGUUAACAUGUGUAUAUGAUACUAUAUAAUGCAAGUUUUUAAAAUUCACAAAGUUUCUAUUUUAGCUUGAUAAUUGUAGAAACACGAGAUAAAACAUUUCAUUAUUGUAUAAUUGUAUCUAUCCCAUCACUAUUCAUAAGAAGUAGUGAACUGGGUAUUUUCACUUUACUCUAUCAGACAUUCCAAGGUGACAAAAAUAAAAUUUUUCUGUUCAUGUAUUUCUGUAGUGAAACUUUAGCCUUCAUCUUUUUUUUAAGAAACAACAAUGUUUGAAAUAAAAAAAAAAUUCAAUUU